AUGGUCCGUGCCCUCGCUAUUGUCAAUACCGCCGGCCCCACCAAGGGCCAGGCAGUAGCCCUCCAUGUCCAAUCCAACUUAGCCGCUUUUUUUAGGCUCAAUAUCAUAGCCUACCAAGACACCCUCUACGCCCACUCCCUCCACCAUUUCUAUAGGGACUGUCACAUCUAUGGCACCGUUGACUUCAUCUUCGGUAAUGCGGCCGAAGUAUUCCAAAAUUGUCACUUUUUUGCAUGCAGGCCGAUGCCGAAACAGAAGAACAUGAUAACUGCUGAUGGCAGGUUUGAACCCACACAAGAAACUGGAUUUAUCUUUCAGAAUUGUACCAUUCAAGCCUCUCCCGACCUAGAGGCUGUGAAGGGAAAUUUCUCCACUUAUUUGGGAAGGCCAUGGAGAUCACAGGCUAGGGUGACGGUCAUGCAGUCCUAUUUGGGGAUACACAAAGGGAAGGAUGAGGUGGGGGGAUUGAAGGUGGAUGGGGAGGUGAAGAAAGAGGUGUGGAAGUUCACAGUGGCUGAGUUCAUACAGGGGCAGUUGUGGCUGAAGGCUGCCGGGGUGCCCUUCAAGGCAAGGCUAUGA